ACUUCAUUACUGAUUUAGUUUAUUUUAGUUGUGGUGUUAGUAGUAGAUUUAGCUGUAAAUGUAUAAAGCAAAUUGUUUUGACAGAGUGAUAAUUGAUACAAAUGUAUUGUUUGCUAAAAAUCUAAUAACAUGAAAACGCUGGACAUUUUUCAUACUUGGUUUAUAAUGUAUGUAAUUGUCACUAAAACUAUGAUAACUAUUCUGGACACAUUUUGUUUCAUAAAAAAAAAUUACAAAGUCCUUGGGGGGGCGUUUCCCCCCACUCUACCCUAUGUUUUGGAAGAAGGAUGAUGUAUUGACUCGUUACUUAAAUUUUGUUAAUUCUGAGAAGAAAAAAGAAAAAGAAAAAAAAACACACCUUAAAAACGAGGUAGCGAUCUUAUUGAGGAAAAAUAAAAAACAUAACCGUUUCUUUUACCUCCUUUGAUGAGGUUCGCGCCUUAUACCCCUGUUGAGUAUAUAUUCUUCUAGAUGAAAUAAGUUUAACCAAACCCUUUUCUUUGACCUCCUUUGACGAAGUUCGAGCUUUAAUUAGACCCCUCCCAACCCUUCGCACCCGCAGAACGGUGUUCUGACAUGGCGACAGAAGUUGGGCAUCGGUUUGCACGAGUAAGUGAGUGACAGUUGUGAAACACUUGUUACUGCAGCACAUUCAGUCUCUCGCUGAUUUAUGUGUGGUUUGCUUCUCGGAGCCGAAGCGCUGCACGUCAUAUGCUCACCGGCGCUUCGUUUGGAGACACCGAUCGGCGAGCACCGGAGAAAAGGUGCAUUCACAGACUUCUCAGAAACAGGAAUAUUUUAAAUCUUAGCAGGUGGAGACAGAAGGGUUUUGACUGAAGGAUGGAGGGUUCUGGCUGGCAAGGUGGAGAAGAGCCUCCUGGAAGCCACGUGUAUGAGGUGACGGUGGUCCAAAACGCCACGACCCCUCACAGCUUUCCCUUUGCAGACGUAGCCCUGCUGCAGACCUUCAAGCCGCUCAUCAUCCCCUGUUACGUUCUUGUGCUGCUGGUGGGCGUCUUUGGCAACUACCUUCUGAUCUACGUCAUCUGCCGCACGAGGAAGAUGCACAACGUCACCAACUUCUUCAUCGGUAACCUGGCCUUCUCGGACAUGUUGAUGUGUGUGACCUGCGUCCCCUUCACGCUGGCCUACGCCUUCAGCCCUCACGGAUGGACGUUCGGACGCUUCAUGUGCUACCUGGUGUUCUUGAUCCAGCCCGUCACUGUAUACGUAUCCGUUUUCACUCUCACUGCCAUUGCCGUCGACAGGUACUACGCUACAGUUCACCCUUUGAAGAAGCGAAUCUCAAUGGCGGCUUGUGGUUACAUACUGUCUGGGAUCUGGCUGCUGUCUUGUGUGCUAGUCGCUCCCGCUGUGGCCCAUACGUAUCACGUAGAGUUCAGAGAAGAGGGUCUGACCAUCUGUGAGGAGUUCUGGUUGGGCCAGGAGACCCAGCGGCUGGUGUACGCCUACAGCACACUGCUACUGACCUACAUCCUCCCUUUAUCCGCAGUCUGCGUCUCUUACUUCUGCAUCUCUGUCAAACUCCGUAACUGCGUGGCCCCUGGACACCGCACGCGGGACCAGGCCGAGGCCCAGCGUGCACGCAAGCGUAAGAUAUUCAGGCUGGUGUCUCUUGUGGUGGCGGCAUUCGCCGUCUGCUGGCUGCCCAUCCACGUGUUCAACGUGCUGCGCGACAUCGACAUCCGCCUCAUUGACAAGCGCCAUUUCCUGUUGAUCCAGUUGUUGUGUCAUCUGUGCGCCAUGAGCUCGUCCUGCUGCAACCCGUUCCUGUAUGCGUGGCUCCACGACCGCUUCCGUGCAGAACUGCGCAAGAUGUUCACCUGCCAUCGCCGCAUCGGCAUACACGCCAACCAUUGCGCGACGGCAAGCGUCGUACUAUGACGUCACUGUGGGCUUCAGAAAAGCUGAAAACUCAUGAAGUGCAAUUUAGUAAAGGCCAACAAAAUGUAAAUACAAGAAAAAACACGAUGAAUGGAAACACUUGAGGCCCCGAUAUGCUCAUGGCGAAGUUUAAAGUUUCAUUCUUUACUUAGGGGUAAAAAGUAUACAGUUAGUGAACAUCCCAAAUGAACUGGAGAAGUCAUCAAAGAAGGUUGAGCCUCAGAGCCACACCUACUUAUUGUGUAAACACCACAGACCAAUGGGAGUUUAAAGGUGUUUGCCAGCUGGAACUAACUUUUCCGGAAAGUUAGCUUUGGCAAGCUGUUUCAAACUCCCGAAACUCACUCCAAAUGAACUUUGUUUUAGCCUGAUUUUGUUCGAAAUAAUGUCACACCAGUUUGUUCUUCAAUUUCACUUUAAAUAUAUCAGGGUCUUAAGGCUACGUCUAGGCUACAUUAAUACGGAUAUUUGAAAAUGGCAUUUCCAUUUCAAACCAUUCUCUGUCCACUCUAGCAUUUUCAAGUCUUUUUCAAACGUUUCUUUUCCACACUGAAACAUCGGAAAACGCUAAAAUCACAUAGAAGCUCAUUGAGAUGGUACAGAGAAACCUAACAUAAUAAAGUUCUCAAGCUGUUCUUCUGGAACAAUCAUUUUACUAGCAAAAUAUUCCAGCACUUACUGGACCAUCCAGGUCGAACUCAUCUUUCCAGGAAAGUAAUAUGAAGAUUAUACAAAAAUGGCUUUUCACACUGCGCUUAACCCCAGGUUAUCGUCAUUCUAAACACCACUUUUUACCCCGGGUAAAGGAAAGUUUCACACUUGUAUUUAGAAGCGGGGUUAGCACUGCUUUUUACCGGGGUUAUGAAACCCUGCUCCGUUAGCAUCGCUUUUGCAGUGUUAACCCCACAUUGUGGUGCCACACAGUGUGAAACGAUGCGAUGUUAUAAUGUUACAGCUAGACGCUUAGCAACAGACAACCAAUUGCGUGCCUCAUGUUUGCCUGCUUUGGACAGUCACACCUCGCAUUGUAUAUAAACAGUAAAUUCAGCAUUUGAGAGGAAAAAUGUCAAAUUCUGACAGAAAACGUGACAAUUUGAGACCGUUUCAUUCUUACCUUUAUAGUCCGAAAUGUCCAUUCAGUAUAAACUCGAUAGUACAGACGACAAUACGAGGAUGCGCACUGCUAGAGCUACGUAAACAGGUCGCGUACUGCGUUUAUCCAAUCAAUGACACUGACACCACAAAUAUGCAAAUAAGAAUGUUAACCCAGGGUUUAGGAAUGUACAAUGUGAAACGUCAGCUUAUGAAUACCCAGGAUUAAUUGUUAACCCCGGGUAAAUUAUGAGCAGUGUGAAACGUGAAGCGAGAUAACCCAGGAUUCUGUUUACCUGGGGUUUAGAAUGACCCAGGGUUAACUAUUUCAAGUGUGAAAAGCCCUAAAGUAACAUUUGUUUUUUGACAACACUAUGAAAAUGAAUAGCAGGCACAACAAUGCCAGUAUAACCAUAGUGUUGUGUUUAUGCGUGAAUUGACUACUAUUUUGAAGUGUUGUGUAAGAAUGGAGAACAAAAGUAAAGAGUAAACAAGAUGGAUGAAGUUCGCUACUCCUGUCUAGUGUGCUUUAUUGCUGAUUAAUAAGAGGGCAACACGACACCAUUUUCAACUAAAAAUGGAAAACUUUUUACGCGUUUUGGGGACCUAAAAAUUUAAACUUUUGAAAACUAUAUCGUUAUCGUCUCUGUGUAAACUACAAAACGCAAAUUUGUGAAAACGGUCAUGUUUCUAGUGUUUCUUUACAAAGUGACAUCGCCAUCUACUGGCCUGGCAUGCAUAAUACAGCAUUUUUAGUCAUUUUAAUCAUCAGUGUGAACACAUUUUAGUACAUUGUUGUGUAAAUGUACCCUAACUCCUGAAAGAUAUCACAUAAAUAUCUAUGGGAACAAUAUGCGUCACAUCAUCUAAACAUGUGUCAUCGUGUUCAAAAUCAAAUACCUGUUUUCACAUCCCACACUACAACACGAAAACAGCAUUUUCAAAUGUAUCCACUUGAUUAGUGUAGACAUAGCCUUAAUGUAAUUGAAAGAUGCUCCAUUAGGACUGCUGUGUUAACUUGGCUGGUUCAUUACUGCUAUUUAUUGACACAUAACAGAUGAUUUUAACCUCCAUGUUGGGCUGUUUUCAAAAGAUCCCACAACGGUGAAAUCAACGUGAAAUGGCAUUCGCAACCAAUUUUUCUUCUGCAGUGUUGUGUUUUAUGAGUGGAACAGGAUAUUCAAUGUGAAAAAAGGACAGGAAUUGACGUUUUGCUGCAAGAGGACAUUGCAAAAAAAGCUCUUUCUUUGGAAUCAUACACAAUAAAACCAGAAACCUGUAUUAAGUAAAUAGCCUAAAUGGAGUCAAUUUUGAUUUCAUGUUGACUUUGAGAGUCCCAGAAGUCUGUGCGCUCCAGUAAUGACUACUUUUUGCCAUUUAUUUUUCCAUUAGCAAUCUCCUGCUUAAGGAGUUGUGAUCAUUCAGUGCACUAGAGCUCUGUGAAUGUGCAGUGCAACAUGUGAACACUCACAUGAUAAUCACAGAUGCUAAAGUCUGAUGCGUCAUGGAGGGAAACCAAAAAAGAAGGUAAACUGAUUCAUCUGUGCUUUGAAGAGAAAGCUUCUGCAACAAGCUGUUUAAAUUAUUGCAUGCUAUUGAAAAUAAAUAAAAUUUUACUUUUAAUCAA